CCCGGCUACGCACGUUGACUCAAUUUGAACCUCGAUUGUUGACCAUCUUCAUCUCUCAUUCCUAGAUGCUCCAUUGAUUUUAUCUUCCAUAACACACAUCUCCUCGACCAUCUAUAUCUCUCGUCUUGCGCGUGUGCCGAACAGUGCCCUCCCCCUCCCCGCCGGCAUCCCUCUUUUUUUUUUUUUUUUCCCUUUUGUUUCGUCUUUUGUCAUUUCAGCUCCAACCACAGACCUCAAUUGCACAAUGUCACCUUCACAGAACCACAAUGGGGAGCACCAGAAUCCUAGCGCUAAAGAGCUCAAAGAUGAUACGGUCAUCGUGGUCCUAGGCGCAUCUGGUGAUCUAGCAAAGAAAAAAACAUUCCCAGCCCUUUUUGGCCUCUUCCGCAACAAAUUCCUCCCGAAAGACAUUAAGAUCAUCGGAUAUGCUCGAACGAAGAUGGACCAUGCGGAAUUCAUCAAACGCGUCCGCUCGUACAUUAAAGUUCCCACAAAAGAGAUCGAAGAGCAGCUGGCUAGUUUUUGUGAACUCUGCACCUAUGUCGCCGGUCAAUAUGAUCAAGAUGACUCUUUCAUCGCCUUGAAUAAGCACCUGGAGGAGCUAGAGAAGGGAAAAACCGAGCAGAACAGAGUAUUCUACAUGGCCCUACCUCCGAGCGUUUUCGUCCCCGUAUCAGAGCACCUAAAAAAGAAUUGCUACCCGAAAAAAGGCAUUGCAAGGAUUAUUGUCGAGAAACCGUUUGGCAAAGAUCUCGAGAGUUCGCGCGAGCUGCAAAGAGCGCUCCAGCCUAACUGGAGAGAAGACGAAGUUUUCCGUAUCGAUCACUAUCUCGGAAAAGAGAUGGUGAAGAAUAUUCUCAUCCUUCGGUUCGGAAACGAAUUCUUCAAUGCUACUUGGAAUCGACACCAUAUCGACAACGUGCAGAUUACGUUCAAAGAGCCUUUCGGUACGGAAGGAAGAGGAGGCUACUUUGACGAGUUCGGCAUCAUCCGUGACGUGAUGCAGAACCAUCUACUUCAAGUCCUCACCCUCCUCGCAAUGGAACGUCCUGUUUCCUUCUCCGCAGAAGAUAUUCGUGAUGAGAAAGUCCGUGUGUUACGCGGUAUUGACCCUAUCAAGCCGAAGAAUGUGAUUAUUGGACAGUACGGCAGAUCCCUGGAUGGAACGAAACCCUCCUACUUGGAGGACGACACUGUUCCCAAAGAUUCCAGGUGCCCAACCUUUUGCGCCAUGGUGGCCUAUAUCAAGAAUGAACGCUGGGAUGGUGUCCCCUUCAUUUUAAAAGCUGGGAAAGCCUUGAAUGAGCAGAAGACUGAAAUCCGCAUUCAAUUCCGUGACGUGACGUCCGGCAUAUUUAAAGACAUUCCCAGAAACGAACUUGUUAUUCGCGUACAACCCAACGAGUCGGUGUACAUUAAGAUGAACUCCAAGCUUCCCGGUCUCUCCAUGCAAACAGUCGAAACCGAGCUCGAUCUCACGUACCGUCGAAGGUUCUCCGAUUUAAAGAUCCCUGAGGCGUACGAAUCGUUAAUUCUAGACGCGCUGAAGGGCGACCACUCCAACUUCGUCCGUGACGACGAGCUGGAUGCCAGCUGGAGAAUUUUCACACCACUUCUUCAUUAUCUCGAUGAUAAUACGGAUAUAAUCCCAAUGGAGUACCCCUAUGGCUCGCGUGGUCCUCCGGUACUUGACGAUUUCACAGCUUCAUUCGGAUACAAAUUCAGUGACGCGGCUGGGUACCAAUGGCCUCUUACAACUGCACCCAACCGCUUAUGAGGCUCCAGAACCCACAUUGUUGAUGUGCAGAAAUAUCCUUAUUUGUUGAUAAAUCAAACUCGUUUUUUGCCCCAUGUAUGAAUGAAAAAGGAAAAGAAAAGUGGUAAUGGUUUAGGACUUAAGCUUCUCACUUAUUUGUGUUAUUUUUUUUCUUUCUUUCUUUCUUUCCUUUUAAUCUGUAUUGUUUUUUUGUGCAACGAAUGGGGAGAAUGAAUUCGGCAGCCAAGGUUUUUGUGGCGCUUCUCCCACUGGUUUCUUAGAUUUGUUAAGCAUGAGUGAUGCAGCUUUUUGCUACCUUUUCUGGAUGUAUAUGAUCUGUCUUCUGUUCAAUUCAAUCCGUACGACG